AUGAGCUCAGCCAAAGCUGGGCCAGCGGCAGCUGGACUAGCGGCGGCUGUGACCAAACCAGGUGCGUGUGAACGCACAGUCCUUUUUGGAAAAGACAAGCACGUCGUCAAGCUCAGUUGGAGGCUUGUCUCCGAACGCGGGGUGCUGGUGACCGCGACACUCGUUGACUCGAAGCACAAGAACAGCAGCUCACAAACCUACAGUGGCUACGUGAAGAACACCGAAGAGGCGGUCAGCGAAAAGGCCAAGGAGCUGACUGACAAGGUCCUCAAGACCAAGCGCGAGCAAUGGCAAAAGGCGCAGCAGCGGUCUGGUGGUGGCAGCAGCAGCGGAGGCGUUGGGAGGACAGCAGAUAGCGCCGUCACCAACCCUGUUAUCAUGGCUUUGCGGGGUGUCGGGAGAACCCUAUCUAGGGUGGUGACAAUUGAGCCAGCUGAGCCGACGACGCCGGUCGACUGGCGCCAGCAGUCUACGGAAACGUUUCUCGCGUCCAUGGACAGCAUGGGGUAUGACAACGCGCUGAAACACGUGGAAAAAAUCGGCUCGACGUUUGCGAAGGACACCCGUAAACGCUUGCGAGGGUUGUAAGAAAAGGUCAGCACAGCAGUCUCGUUGGAGCGAGCAAUCGAGCAGGCGCAAAGCAACGUAGAACCAAGGAGGGAACCCGCACGUUGCAAACGAUCCUGACCGCUGCGGUCUUUCCUGUGGACGGCGUAGACGAGGUUCCAUCGUUGUCGGCAGCACGUAGGGCAAAGGCGCUGGAGGUUCGCCAGCACGCCUUCAACUCCGCGGUGGAGCGUGCCGAGAAUUUACUGUCCGAUCUUGAUCCAACCGAGGCGAUAAAACGCGGUGUCUACUGGUUUUGGCCCCGAGCUAAGCAAAGCAAUGCCGCCAGCGAAGAGCUGCUGGAGUUGAUGAGGCAGUACUGGCACACGGACGAGGUGUCACGCCAGCAUGGCAACUCAGCUGAGCGCGACAUGUGGAAGGCGAGUAAGUCUCCUACAGUUCACCGCCACCCUCGGCGGCAGCUCACCGAGCCGGGCGGGGGCGACGCGGUGAACGCCAAGUUUCUCAACUGGGCGUCCUACAAGAGCUUUAAGGAGCAACAGAGCGACGACUUCUCUGACCCUGGCCGCACGCUCUUCCUCUCGACGCGGUGCAAGUGCCUGGUUCAACCCGCAGACGCACGUGGGGGGUGGCAGGUUGCACGUGACGGAAACAUGGAUCUUUGCAUCUGAAGACAUGGCGCAUGACUGCGAUUUCCACCUGCACGGCUUGGCCAGGAUGGCGGACUACUAACUGCGUGGAGAUGGGAGCGAAGCAACAGCUGCCGCCCGGAAAGAAGGCCGGACGCCCCGGAUUCACAUGUUCACGGAUGGAUGCCGGAAANUGCAAGUGCCUGGUUCAACCCGCAGACGCACGUGGGGGGUGGCAGGUUGCACGUGACGGAAACAUGGAUCUUUGCAUCUGAAGACAUGGCGCAUGACUGCGAUUUCCACCUGCACGGCUUGGCCAGGAUGGCGGACUACUAACUGCGUGGAGAUGGGAGCGAAGCAACAGCUGCCGCCCGGAAAGAAGGCCGGACGCCCCGGAUUCACAUGUUCACGGAUGGAUGCGGGAAGCAGUACAAGGGAAGGCGGAAUUUCCGCUUCUUGGCCGACAGCGUGCGGCAAAUCGGCUUCUUCAUCGACCACCACUUCGCGGCCACAUCUCACUUCAAAGGUUGCCAUGUUGGGAUUGGCGGAGUGGCAAAGAACGCCAUAAAGAGGAGGGAGAGAUUUGGCAAGCGAAUCAUGGGGGCGGACGGGGUGGUCAGCUUUGUGCGAAGCUUCUUUCGGGAGAAGGCAGGCAGCGAGAGGGAGGAGGGUAUGUGGAAGUAUUUCGCGAAGUGGUCUCCGUACCGCAUGCGGAGGGUGCACGUCGAGUUUAUCGGCAAGAAGGAGAUAUAUCGGCCAAANGGGAGAGAUUUGGCAAGCGAAUCAUGGGGGCGGACGGGGUGGUCAGCUUUGUGCGAAGCUUCUUUCGGGAGAAGGCAGGCAGCGAGAGGGAGGAGGGUUGCGGGAAGUCAAGGUGUUGGGUGCAGCAGCGAGCAGAUGGAAGGGUAAGGGGGCUGGGUUGCAGGAUCCAACAGACUUGCGGGGAAAAUGGGAACGUACCCAAAAAUGAGAAUUGGCGUUUUUCUUCAGAACCNAAGCGGGGAACGUUUGGUUGGUCUGAGGUUCAUUCAUCGCUAACAGACUUGCGGGAAAAAUGGGAACGUAUCCAAAGAUGAGAAUUGGCGUUUUUCUUCAGAACCAUCGGGUGUAUCACAGAACCAAAAUUAUCCUGCGAAACCCCUUCGCCCCAGCUGUGAGAUGAGCUCAUCAGAACCGCCAUGCUCCACAUCACGCCUUCUCACGGGCGCAAAAAGCGAUUCGUACUGGUUUCGACCUGAAUUCUCGCGAUGCUGGCUACCUCGGCGAUGCCGAGAACAUACAGCUUGAGCAACAGCUCAUUCGAAAGCUGCUGUAAAGACCUACAGCACUGUCAACUUUUAUGGGGGGAGUUGCAAAGGCGUGGUUUGCUUUCUAAAAACAAACGCCCAUUCUCAUUUUUGGGUACGUUCCCAUUUUUCCC